AUGCUCGUGCCCCCGAGCGACGACAGGCGCGUGGAGUUCGUGGCCCUCACCGCCGUGCACGCGGAGCGGAGCGAGCCGUCCACGCCGGAGCGCGCGCCCCCGUCGCACCGCACCGGGCUGCUGGGCACCCCGCUGCCCGGACCCCCGGGGCCGCGCGCGCACGCGUCCGCCGCCAGCAAGCGCUACAGGAAGCUGCAGAACUGCCUCUACAACGUCCUGGAGAGGCCGAGAGGAUGGGCCUUCAUCUACCACGCGUUCAUCUUUCUGCUGGUGUUCAGCUGCUUGGUGCUGUCCGUGUUCUCCACCAUCCCCGACCACCAGAAGAUGGCCAACCAAGGCCUCUUCAUCCUGGAGUUUGUGAUGAUUGUGGUGUUCGGGCUGGAGUACUUCAUCCGGGUGUGGGCGGCCGGCUGCUGCUGUCGGUACCGAGGGUGGCAGGGACGCCUGCGAUUCGCCCGCAAGCCGUUCUGCGUCAUAGACUUUAUCGUGUUCGUGGCCUCCCUGGCGGUGAUCGCCGCGGGGACGCAGGGCAACAUCUUCGCCACCUCGGCGCUGCGGAGCAUGCGCUUCCUGCAGAUCCUGCGCAUGGUGCGCAUGGACCGGAGGGGCGGGACCUGGAAGCUGCUGGGCUCAGUGGUGUACGCCCACAGCAAGGAGCUGAUCACCGCCUGGUACAUCGGCUUCCUCGUCCUAAUAUUCGCCUCCUUCCUCGUCUACUUGGCUGAGAAAGACAUCAACUCAGAUUUCGGCACCUACGCAGACUCCCUCUGGUGGGGGACCAUAACGCUGACCACCAUCGGCUACGGCGAUAAAACCCCUCGGACCUGGCAGGGAAGGCUGCUGGCCGCCGGGUUCGCUCUGCUGGGGGUUUCCUUCUUUGCUCUUCCUGCUGGAAUUUUAGGUUCAGGUUUUGCCUUAAAGGUGCAGGAGCAGCACAGACAGAAGCACUUUGAGAAGAGGCGGAUGCCUGCUGCUAACCUCAUACAGGCCGCGUGGCGUCUCUAUUCCACAGACGCCAAACACUCCUAUCUAACAGCUACUUGGUAUUUCUAUGACAGCAUGUUGCCUUCAUUCAGAGAACUGACGCUACUGUUCAGUCACCUCCAGCGACAGCGUAACACCAAGAAGGUUCUGCAGAACUCCUACCACACGCUGCUGUCAGGGCUGCGGCCCUACAGCUCCCCCUACCUGUCGGGGGACAGAAAACUCUGCGUCUUUGUCCGCCCAACUCAUGCCCUCGCCAUCUUUCCCCUUCCCUUCCGCUAUCCACUCAUGAGUUUCCUCUUCCUUUCUUCCUCUUUCUUUCCCUGUGUGUCUAUUGUGUCCUUUUUCACGGCCUCCAUCAUCCCUCCUCCAUCUGUUCUCAGGAAGGGAGACGUUCCAUGCAGUCAGCUCCUUUCUAAAAAGCGAGGUCUCUUCCGGAUUCAUGCCGGCCGCAAGCAGAGCAGUAAAAUGGGCUUCCGGGAUCGGAUCAGGAUGAACAACUCCCGUUCGUCCCAGACCAUCCGAAACAAGGCGUCGCCGGUUGCCCCCGGCGCCGGGGUCCGCCGCUCGCCCAGCCAGGAGAACGUCGCCGAGGCAACCAGCCCCGGAAAGGUCCAGAAGAGCUGGAGCUUUAAUGACCGCACGCGCUUCCGCACCUCGCUGCGGCUGAAGCCCCGCCCACCCGUGGAAGUGGAGGGCGUCGGGGAGGACAGCGUGGAGGACAAACCGUACUGUGACGUGGCCAUGGAGGAAGUGAUCCCGGCCGUGAAGACACUCAUACGAGCUGUGAGGAUCCUGAAGUUCCUUGUGGCCAAGAGAAAGUUUAAGGAGACGCUGCGUCCGUACGAUGUUAAAGACGUGAUAGAGCAGUAUUCUGCCGGACACCUGGACAUGCUGGGCCGCAUCAAGAGCCUGCAGAUGAGGGUGGACCAGAUCAUUGGGAGAGGAGCCGUUCAGCCCGAUAAGAAGACGCGCCCCGAAAAGGGAGAGAAAACGCCACCAGAACUGGACCCACUGGAUGAGCUAAGCAUGAUGGGACGCGUAGUCAAAGUGGAAAAACAGGUGCAGUCUAUAGAAAACAAGCUGGACCUUCUGCUCAACUUCUACUCCCAGUGCCUGAAGAAAGGUUCCUCCCACGCCACCCUGUCCUCCCUGCUGGACCCCGACCUGACGUCCGACUACCACAGCCCCACAGACCAAAGAGACCUCUUCCCCUCCGCCAACACACUCAUCUCCCACUCUGAGAGCGGAAACCUGGAAUGAUGGACACACACCUUUUCCAGUACGUCUUCCUUAGGCCAGGUCCUCACCACGAGCAGCUCCACCCGACUGUCUCCGCCCCGUUUCGUACCGGUCCUCCCCGUCUCCAGAUAUGCAUCCUCUGUGAGUAAAUGUGUCCGAUCCAGACGGAGCCAAAGCUGCUCACCGCACACGCCUCUCGACUCGCUGGAUGAAGACGAAAACUGAGAGCAGACACAUUAAAUAACUGAUACUCGACUACUGAACCACUCUCACCC